UAACAAACCAUUUGUGAGAUUCUGAAUAAUACAAAGAUGGAAGUUUUCUAUGCGUAUCUUUUCCAUAGCUUACAACAGAGUCUGGCCGAUACCAUGAAUUGAAACUUUUCCGCUAGGCGCAUUAAGCUAAAUUUAAAACAAAGAAAUGCAGGCAGAUAACUCAAUAUUAAAGCUGCUAUGAACAAAAAAUGAUGUGUUGUAAAAAGUACCCACACUCAAGCUCAGAUAAAAAACUGACCAAAGCACAGAAAACUUUAAUCCGCAACGUGUGGAAUGACGUCAGAGAGAAAAUUGACGAGGUUGGUGUGGAGACGUUCUUGAUGUUUUUUAAUACCCACCCAGAAGCCAUGGAUUCUUUUCUGGUUUUCAAGGACAUGCAGUUAAAGGACCUGAAGACCAGCGUUAAGCUUAAAGAGCACAGUCUAAAGGUCACCAGCAUUGUAGACAAGUGCGUGUCAAGGUUAGACGACAUGGAUGCCGUUGCGACGGUGGCAGCCGAACAGGGAGCCAGACACGCAGGGCGGUACGUCAUACCAGAGUUCCAAAAGUGUUUGAAAGAGAGCUAUAUCAACGCGAUCAGGACACGGACGACUAUACCGUGGACCUCCGCUACACAGCAUGCGUGGAGUCAGUUUUUUGAUAUUAUUCAAUCAAAAAUGGAUUCAGAAAUGGAGGCUGAACGAAAGAGAAAAAGCUUUUUGGUAUCAUUUUCUUAAUCGUUUACCCCCUUUUUAAGGGUUUAAAGGCUUCCUAAUGUAGGAAAGCUGAAACUAGUGUAUAAAUGUUAUCGUCUCGUAAUGUAUUAUAAGGAAAACAGAGGUGAAGAUGAAUAAAAACAGAGCGAGGUGUCACAGAUUUCAGUCUCGAAUAUACAACUCUUCAGCCGAGAAAGAUUCAAGACAUUUAAACAUCAUUGUAAAAUUAUUUUUUUUUGUUUCUUUUUAUCACCGUAUUUAAAUAAAUGAACUUCACACUCUUACGGAA